CAACGUCACGUUCUUUGCACGCUGUCUCCCUUUCAUUUCCACGUCCGUCACGACUUACAUAAAUUCUGUGAUCUCCUCCAGUAAUCUGCACCACCCCGUUUCACGACUUUCAUGCUUUGCGCGAUGUCUGCUCUUGCGGUCCUCCUUCACAUUCUUAUUGGCCUCCAGUUGGCACAGGCCACAAUUUUUGUUACUUCUCCAGGCGAGACGACUACCUGCCAAGGCGGAGAGUCCUGCCUUGUCGAAUGGCUUGAGGAUGGUCAAACCCCAACCCUGUCGGACAUUGGAGCCUGCUACGUUGGUCUCUACAAUGGAAAUGGUCUCCUCAUACAGCAGAUCGAACCUGUGAAUGUUGCAAGCACGAGGUCUCUGCAAUUCACGCCCGAUCCAACCGCGGGGCCUGACUCGAGCGGCUACUACAUCAAUUUCACAUCUGUCGACGCCAUUGGCAAUUCCCCACAGCCAUAUACUCAGUACUCCCCGUUCUUUGCUUUGGAAGGCAUGUCUGGAUCGUUCAGCGCCCCAGUCGCAAGCGAUACAUCUACUCUUCCUGUGCCCUCCUCGGUCGCUAGCGCACCAUCAAAUACCAUUGCCUCAACUAUAUCCAUUGGCAGUAACCCCUCUGCGUCUUCCAACUUGCCAUCCGUGACGAGCUCAUCGCCUGCGACAGCCAGCUCCGUUUUACUGAGCAGUUCGGUCUCACCCCCCGGCGUGACCUCCGCUGUUCCCUCUCCAAGCCCGGCAGGGAGUUCCAGCUUUUCGGGAACAGCCACCUUCACCACCUCCCGUGCACUAUCCUCAAUUUCGCCAAGCAGCAGCGUGGUUCCCUCAUCUUCCGCCUCUGCAUCGGCUACCUCCGCAGCAACUCGGGUCAUCCCAACGGUUGCCGUGACUCUCGCACUCCCUGUUGCUUUGAUUGUCGGCACUGUUUUCGUCGUGAUGCUCUGAGAACACAACUAUCUGAUGAUCUCGCGGAGGCUCACAACCUAUGCGGAGUAUUUUUGGAAUACCCAUUUACUGCGAUACCUCAGAUUUCGACUUAUACUCUUAUGUCCAGUUGCAAUCUCCACCCUCGGGCUUUGUUCGUCGUUAUAGCUUCUUUUUGUAGUUUUUGAAUCCCCCUGCCAUCCCGUUAGAUCGUUACACCUCUCUUUAUAUUGCAAUACACGCCGACGUGGCACUUGUUUUCGCUCGUAGAUGGUUCACCAUAU